AUGCUGACGACGAACAUUUUAACUCCAUUGUCCUUCUUCACGAAACAUCUCGGUUUGUUUAGCUACCUUUGAUUAAAAGCAGUGCUUUGUAAACUAGCGACGUAUUUAAUGAAAUACUUUCUUAUGGUUUACGCAGCACAGCUAUUCCAUCUUGAUGCAAAUCAAUCCUUGGUCUGUAAAAAUGCACCGGAUUUUAGGAUACAUUUUAGGUUUGCAUGGACUGUUUGCACAUAGAACAGCUUAAAGCGGCUGCCAGCCAUCACAGGUUCAUUUUAAAUUACUUUCUGAACGCUGUUGUAGGCCUUUCGUGGUCCGUAAUAACACAACAAAAUCCUAGGUCCCCUCCCAAUGCACCAUUUUGCAAAUUCUAUCGCAUGAUAUUUUAAAUCUCCGUUGUUUUUAGGUGUCCUCGUCCUUUUACUAAUAGUUCUUGGUCACGUUAUGGCAGUUCCCACGGAUCAUCUUGAGGACGAGGAAGAUGAUGCCCGGCGUUUAGCUUUUGAGCUCUACAAGAGGGGAAUUCUAAAAAUGAGACUUGGAAAGCGCCAGUGGGGUCAAUAUACUGCCGGUGAGGAAACUACUUGUUAGCCGCUUGACAUAGGAUCUAGUUAUACCGUUGUGUAUAAUGUCACUUUUUAUAGCUCACGCUCUAUAGAUAAAGUUUUUUCGAAGUUGCAAUCGUAAUGCCCACAUAGUGCUUCUAUAAUGUCUGAAAAAGAUAAUUCCUAGACGUAAUCUCAGUGUUCUUAAGUGUUAAUUUACAGCCCGCUUCAAUUACUUUAGGGGUAUUCACCUCUGUAAGAGCACGGUGGAUGCCAUGUUUGACAUACGCUUGUACCAAAUACUUCCUCACAUAAAUGUUUCUUCUGGGGCUCUAAGUUAUAGGCUUCUUUUUAAAGUAACGAUUAUUUGUCUAUUGAAAGUCACUAAAUUCAAAUACCAACAGUAACACAAGUCACGGCGCUGAUCAUACUUACUCGAGUCUAAUUUCUGAAUAAAUAUUAAAGUAAUAGAAAGCUUCCCGUAUAUCAUUUUGGCAAAGUAUCAAUUUACAUUUCUCGGCAAAUAUAGAAAAUGCACCUAAAACUUAAAUGUAUAAGAUAUGUGAAACUAAACAGGAUCAAAAUAUGUUUUUAAACAACCCGAUGAUUCUGUAACACCUCAGAUGGCCAAUGGGCCCAUUUGCUCGGCAUUUAGACAAUCAUCAAAUACGCUUGUCUUUAAACAUGAAAUGCUUAUUAAGGAAGGCUUAGGUGGAUGUUAGGGACGUGCUGCUCACAUUUUUAAGUUCGACUUAUUCGAGCUUUAAACCAGAUGUUUUUAAUUUGAUCUUAUUUUUAUACAGGCAAAACGGACCACUGAAUUUUAGAAUUAUAAUUGCGCACUUAUUUCUGAGUAAGUAUUUAAGAGCAAUAAAUAUUGUGCUUUUUGGUGCAAAACGUGCUUGUUAUUUUAUGCGUAGAAGGCAUUAAUGAGAAAGGCCCACGAAAGAUGCACAGCCAUCAAAUAAUAGUUUGAGAAUAUGUAGAUGGGAUUAGCCCUCCAAUUAUGAAAGUGCGUUGCCUCUUAACGCAAAGUUCUUUAGGUUUAAAUUUUAGAUGCUAAAUUACCGGACUUCCCUGAUGUUUUCACUUCUUUCAUGCAUACUUUAAAGCAUUCGGGCCACAUUCUUUUCCAAAACAUGUGCUAACGCACUUGUAAUCUCUCGUAGGGAAAGGCGCUGAUAGUGAAUUUACCUCGGACAACGCCGAUGAAGGCGUAUUCGAACCACUGCCAUCCAAAAGACGAAUUCGGGGAAUGCGAAUAGGAUAA